AUGGUUUACAUAUCUACAUGGCCAGAGUUUCAAAAAGCAGUCGAGGACUUAUAUCUCAAUGCUCCUGGCCAAACCCGCUAUGUAGUGGACUACUCACAUAAAACCGGAUUUCUGGUGCUAAAAGUAACCGAUGAUAGAACGUGCUUAAAAUAUAAGACAGAGA